AUGACCAGGGGUGCUCGGACGUGUCGGCAGCAAGAUGACGGCCUAAGCAUCCGCUCUGCACCCCGCCAGGACGACAAGACAUCCGCCGAUUCGCACCGGGCCCAGCGAUGGCGACUGCGCUUGGCCUCCUUCUUGUUUGCGAGCGUCCUGCUCGCUGAUCGCCUGUGGCUGUGCGCCGAGGCCACACGGACCAGCAGCGCUGAAGCCGAGCGACCGGACGCGUUCAGGGACGCCACGGAUCAGGAGUACCGACCUCUCCCCGAACACACUUUUCUUUUUCUAGGGAAUUCUAGCAGACCUCUGCGGCGGCUGGAAGCGUGCCACCCCGACAGCGUGUCCAAGAGCUGCUUCGCGGUGGCCGACGCCAAGGCCGUGUGCUCCGGGCUCUCGGACGCCGAGUGGAACCUGAGCGAUUUGUACCUGCCGUUUUGUGAUUCCUAUUCCCUUUUGGAUUUGUUUUACGGCUCCUCGAGUCAGGACAACGCCAGCUGCGGCCUGGAUAUGGCGACGUGCACCCGGUGCGUCCAGGAUUACCAGAGCCUCGACCGGCGAGCUCAGGAGAGAUACCAGGAGUUUGAGCUGCUGGUUCAGAAAUACGAAACGGACGUGUACUCGGUGCGGACAUGCAUGGAUGAAUGCACGACCGUCUACAAACACUGGCUGUGUUCCCAGUACUUCCAGACCACGCAGAUGCACUGCAGCAACAGGAUCCCGUGCAGACAGUACUGCUUAGAGGUCCAGCAGAGGUGUCCGUUCAUAUUGCCUGACAACGAUGAGUUAAUUUACGGUGGAAGCCCAAGUUUUAUAUGCACAGGGCUCCUGGAAGACAGCCCAUCAGACGCAGAAGCAGAGUGCUGCGACGUCCGAUGGGACAGCAGGCCAGACAACAGUUCCAGAGGGACUCUCAAAAGAACUCACCCGUCCUGCCAGCACGGGACGUCCCUGAGCUCAUCAGCGAACUCCAGACUGUGCAACAGCAGGCUCAAACUCUGUCUGCUAGUCCUGGUUCUGCUCCAUACUGUGGCUACAAUCACAGCCUCCCACAACCUCAGCACCAUCUCCACCCUGGAGGAGAACUCCACCAACGAGGAGUGACGAGGCGACACUCAAUUACAGCCAGCAGAACUCUCUCAGCGUUCGGUCCAGCUGCACGGAUCCCGCAAUCGACUGCACCGUGGACUCACGGUGUUGGAUGGGAUACCGUGGACACGCAAUCAACCGAGCAAACAGACGGACAGAAGAAACAGACUAGCGGACAUUAUAGAACACUGGACAAGCCUAAUCCAACGUCAUGAACAAGGGACAACACCGCAGCCUUUUGUUGAAAGAGACCUCUCUAGGGUGGAGUUCUCUCGCACCAUAUUUUUUACACUGUGUCAAAUGGUUUUGAUUUCAGUUGCACUAGAUACCUACAGGAUCUCUUAAUGUUUUCGUUCUAUUUUCACUAACGGUCUUUGUGCUGAAAAGGAUGGGACAUGUGGAUGGGUUAUUUGUAAAUUAGCUUCAAUUAGAUGAAAAUAUGAGUGUGUGUGUGCAUGUGUGUGUAUGUGUGCAUAUCUGUGCCCACCCAUGCUUUCAUAUAUGCUGCUCAGUUCAUCACAAGGAUCACUAU